CACACACACUUCGUAAAAUUCGUGCAGCUGCGGUUCUAUGGAUGUGAGGCUGCGGCUCUUUAGUUCCAAACGCAAAUAUUAUUGAUUUUAUCAAAAAAAAUUAUAAAUUAACAAGUACUAGGCAUCGAUUCUAUCAGCAACUUGUACGAGCUUUUUUUAAGCCUUCUACCUCGUGACACACGUCAAGGAUUACUUCAUACAUGUGAAGAAUGUAUGUUGGACACUCCAUAUCCCGAAACUUCUUCUCGAUAUAUGUAUUAGCAGUUAUACCUCUUCUUUCGUGUACGCGAUCGCCUCUACAAAUGAAUACAUGGUCGGUUCGUGCUCUUAUAGAUAUUGCACUCCAGAUCAUGCAGGAACCACCUCCAUAAGCGCUCCACUAUUCAAAGAAGCAAUCUGCUAAUCGCUCUCUUGGUCUUCUGUACACUUUCACAGAACAGAUGCCCAUUGAUCCAUUCAUAUGUUCCUGACCAAAACGCAGGUGUGCUUGCCGAUGAGCUGGAAUAAGUUUUGAACCAAUCGCAGGUGUUUUAGGGAUGACUUGAAUACUUUUGGGGUAGCUAGUUAUGGCAGAAAACGUUAAAGUUAUAGUCAGAUGUCGGCCUAUGAACAAAACGGAAACAGCUCUUAAUUGUCAACAUACUGUUAAAGUAGAUAAAUGUGUUGUGGAAACAUGGGAUCCCAACGAUGGUCCAGCUUUUGCGAAACAGUUUACCUUCGAUUCUGCUUACGGAGAAAACUCCACAACAGAAGUGAUUUACAACGAUAUAUGUUAUCCGCUAGUAGAAAGUGUUUUAGAAGGUUACAAUGCUACGAUAUUUGUUUACGGACAAACAGGUUGUGGAAAAUCAUUUACAAUGGAAGGUAUAAAAUCGGAGGACAGUCCUCAGAAGGGCGUCAUUUCCAGGGCGUUCGAACAUAUUUUCGAAGCAAUUUCAGUCACUAGUGGAGUGAAAUAUUUAGCUCUAGUAAGCUAUCUAGAAAUAUACAACGAACAAAUAAGAGAUCUGCUACUACCACCUAAUAAAACUCCAACACCUUUAUGUCUUAAGGAAUCUCCCAAUGAAGGUGUAACUGUACCUGGUUUAUCUCUGCUACCAGUACAAAAUGCGAUGGAAUGUGAACGACUACUAAACAUUGGUUCAAAAAACAGGAUGAUUGGUGCCACUCUUAUGAACCAAAAUAGUUCAAGAUCCCAUAGUAUUUUUUCAAUCAGCUUAGAACAUAUAAGUAAUGUAAAUAAUAAUGAUAAUAUUAGGAAAGGUAAAUUGAAUCUUGUGGAUUUAGCCGGAUCAGAAAGGCAAACCAAAACAGGCGCUACAGGCGAAAGACUGAAAGAAGCAACUAAAAUAAAUUUGUCUUUAAGUGCUCUUGGAAAUGUCAUUUCUGCUUUGGUAGAUGGUAAGGCAAAACAUAUACCUUACCGAGAUUCCAAACUCACUCGACUUUUACAGGAUUCCUUGGGAGGAAAUACUAGAACUUUAAUGAUAGCUUGUAUCGGACCAGCUUGCAGAGACUACAUGGAAACUUUAUCCACUUUAAGAUAUGCUAAUAGAGCUAAGAAUAUUCAUAAUAAACCUAAAGUUAACGAGGAUCCGAAAGAUGCGAUAUUGCGACAGUAUCAAGAAGAAAUAAGAAGGUUAAAAAGUCUGCUCGAAAAUAAACAAACAAACAAAAACGAUAUCAAAGUAGAAGACUUAACAAUAACGUCUAACGAAGAAACUGAUACGAAUCAACUUUAUAAUCAUACAAACUUGGACUUAGACGUUAAAAGAGACCAACUGAUCAUUCAGUAUCAACAGGAAAUGAAAAAAUUGAAAUCGUUGCAUGAAAAUGAAAAAAUAGAAAAAGAAAAUAUAUUGAAACAGAUUCAAAAAAUAAAAGAAGAAUACGACGAGAACAUCAAACAGUUAAACAAAGAAAUAGGUUUGAAAAGAAAAGAAGAAGUAUCGGAAGCAGAAAUAAUGGAUAGAAUAGAAGUUUUAAAAGCAUCUAUUAUUGGUGGCGAGAAGGCAGACGAUAGGGAAUUAUCAGAAAGAAGGAGAAGAAAAAAACAAGCCGCUGAGGAAAGAGCCUCAGUCGUCGCUCACUUGUUGGCCAAAAUCGAAAUGAACGAAGACAGAGAACUACUAUAUAAUCAAUACAAGGACAUAAGUUGCGAAUUAAGAGUAAAAACGGACGUAUUGAGAAAAUACAGGCAUAAAAUGAAAAUAUUGGAAAAAGAAAUUACCGACAUUCAAAGCGAAUUCGAAACUGAACGCGGUGAUUAUUUGGAAACUAUAAGGAAACAAGAAAGAAAUAAUAAACUGCUGAGUCAGAUAGCGGAAAAAUUAGCGGGGACGUUGAAAAAGGAAUGUAACUAUAGCGAUUUGGAAUCCAUCAAGGACAAAGCAAUAUGGCUAGAAGAUUCUCAAAAAUACAAACUUCCAGAAUUAGUGAUACUAAGGACGAAACUACCACCGCCAGGUCGAAACUGCGAUACUCAAACAGCCCCCGGUCGUUUGGAAAGUGAUGAAGACAGUCGAGAAGACGAUUAUCCAAUGAGAAAUUCUUUUUUCAAGCGGAUGGAAGGAAUUGACAGAGAGGAUGUGAUAACCAAUUACUUUCAACCUGCUACUAAAAGAGUUAGUGAGUUACUUAGGCAGUCUGCUAGAAUGGAUCCCGCUAAAGUUAUACAAACUUGGAAAGAAUUUGCGAGAAGAAACAAAUCAACUGAGGAUACGGAUCGACGACAAUCACCAACAAAAGUGAACCUUAAUUAUAGUACCAAUUAUGGAACAAACAAUUGGUUGAAUGGAAUACCAUCGAAUCAUCAUAACGAGUCCAAAAGACCAUUUCGUCUUGAAGCAUUGCCAAACAUCGUCAAAAAUCAUAAAGAAAGACUAAACCAAUUGGAAUUUUUAUAAAUAUCAUUAAUAAAACUAUUUUGUGAUAUCAAAUGUAUUAUAUUUAAUGAAAAAAUGUAAAUAAAAAAUGUAUCA